AUGGCACUAUUCCUGCCUUGCAUAGGCAUGGGUGUGAUCUUAUUAGUUUACAUGUGUCUUCUUUGGUACGCCACAACCCAUCCUUCCACCAUCACCAUCAUUCUCAAACCUGUAAUCAACACCGGCCUAUCUCCAUCCGACCUUCAAAAGCUACCUACCAUCACCGGAAAAGACCUUUCAGCCGGCCCCGAAUGCGCUGUUUGCCUCGACGACAUAACUCAAGAACAAUCUGCACGUGUGAUUCCAGGUUGCAACCAUGCUUUUCAUUUGGAAUGUGCUGAUACAUGGCUUUCUAAACAACCUAUUUGUCCUGUUUGUAGAGCUAAACUUGAUCCUACUCUUUUCAUUCCUUCCUCUCAUGAUCAUCAAAAUCCAUGCUAA